GGAAGAACUGUCCCCACCCACCAGUGGGCUGCGGGAUCGUGGCGUGCUUGUGGCGGUGCUAAGAAAAUAUCAGAGCCGUACUAGCGUCCUCGUUCGUUUGACUUCGUUAUUGCUAAGCCCGCACCACCAGCAUGCCUGGCCACGUCAAGAAGAGCACGGGUCCCGAUCCCGACCCCUCUGAAUACCUCUUCAUCUCUCGGGAGCAGAGGAUGAAGGAUCAGUCGAAACCCUACGAUCCUAAGAAGUCCUUCUGGUGUCCUGACCCCAAUGAGGGUUUCGUCGAGUGUGAGCUUCAGGGUGCCAAGGGUGACAAACAUGUCACAGUUAAGCUUUCCACUGGCGAGACGAAGGAAUUCAAGAAGGAGCAGGUCGGACAGGUCAACCCUCCCAAGUACGAGAAGUGUGAGGAUGUGUCCAACUUGACCUUCCUGAACGAUCCCUCCGUCUUCUACGUCCUCAAGUCCCGUUACCAGGCCAAGCUUAUCUACACCUACUCCGGUCUCUUCUGUAUCGCCGUCAACCCCUACAAGCGUUACCCCAUCUACACCAAUCGUACUGUUAAGAUCUACCAGGGCAAGAGGCGUAAUGAGGUUCCUCCUCAUCUCUUCGCCAUCUGCGAUGGUGCUUAUGCAAAUAUGAUGCAAGAUCACCAGAACCAAUCUAUGCUUAUUACUGGUGAAUCUGGCGCUGGCAAGACAGAGAACACAAAGAAAGUGUUGUCUUACUUCGCUAAUGUCGGCGCUACGGAGAAGAAAGAGGGUGAGAAGAAACAGAAUCUCGAAGACCAGAUUAUCCAAACUAACCCCAUCCUUGAGGCUUACGGUAAUGCCAAGACCACCCGUAACGACAAUUCGUCUCGCUUCGGAAAGUUCAUCCGUGUGCACUUCGCCCCUAACGGCAAGCUUUCCGGUGCUGACAUCGAGGUCUAUCUUCUGGAGAAGGCUCGUGUCAUCUCCCAGUCGCCCGCCGAGCGAGGCUACCAUAUCUUCUAUCAGCUGAUGUGCGACCAGAUCGAUUACGUCAAAAAAAUAUGCUGCUUGUCUGACGACAUUUACGACUAUCACUACGAGUCUCAGGGUAAGGUCACCGUCCCAUCCAUCGACGACAAGGAGGACAUGCAGUUUACUCAUGAAGCUUUCGAUAUCCUGAACUUUUCCAACGAAGAAAGGGAUGACUGCUACAAGAUCACUGCUUGUGUCAUGCAUCAUGGCAACAUGAAGUUCAAGCAGAGGGGUCGUGAGGAGCAGGCCGAGCCCGAUGGCACUGAGGCAGGAGAACUCGUUGCCAAGUUGCUCGGUGUAGAUGCCGAGGAGCUCUACAGGAACUUCUGCAAGCCCAAGAUCAAGGUCGGUGCUGAGUUCGUCACAAAGGGUAUGAAUGUUGACCAAGUGAACUACAACGUCGGUGCCAUGGCCAAGGGUCUCUUCUCGCGUGUGUUCUCAUGGCUCGUCAAGAAGUGUAACAUGACACUAGAGACUGGCCAGACUCGUGCUAUGUUCAUCGGUGUGCUUGAUAUUGCCGGCUUUGAGAUCUUCGAUUUCAACGGUUUCGAGCAAAUCUGUAUCAAUUUCUGUAAUGAGAAAUUGCAGCAGUUCUUCAACCAUCACAUGUUUGUGUUGGAGCAGGAAGAAUAUGCAAAAGAGGGCAUUGUUUGGCAGUUCGUCGAUUUCGGUAUGGAUUUGCAGGCUUGCAUUGAGCUCUUCGAGAAGAAAAUGGGUAUCCUCUCCAUCCUUGAGGAAGAGUCCAUGUUCCCCAAGGCCACUGACAAGACCUUCGAGGAGAAGCUGAACAACAACCAUCUCGGAAAGUCUCGCUGCUUCAUCAAGCCCAAGCCUCCAAAGGCCGGCCAGCCUGAGAACCACUUUGCCAUCGUUCACUACGCUGGCACUGUGUCCUACAACCUGACUGGCUGGCUCGAGAAGAACAAGGAUCCUCUCAACGACACCGUCGUCGACCAGCUCAAGAAGGCCUCCAACGCCCUCACAGUCGAGAUCUUUGCUGACCAUCCAGGCCAGUCAGGAGAUGGGGGAGGCAAAGGCAAGGGCGGCAAACAGCAAACUGGCUUCAAGACAGUUUCUUCUGGAUACAAGGAUCAGCUAAGCAACUUGAUGAAAACCCUUAAUGCUACACACCCUCAUUUUAUUCGCUGCAUUGUACCAAAUGAGUUCAAGAAACCUGGUGAAGUUGACGCUGGUCUCAUCAUGCAUCAGCUGACCUGCAACGGUGUACUUGAGGGUAUUCGUAUUUGCCAAAAGGGCUUUCCCAACAGAAUGCCUUAUCGUGACUUCAUGUUACGAUAUAAUGUCCUGGCCGCCAAGGAGAUGAAUGAGGCGAAGGACGAUAAGCAGGCAGCUAAGGCGUGCUUUGACAAGGCUGGUCUCAACAAGGAGUUGUACCGCACCGGCAACACCAAGGUAUUCUUCCGUGCUGGUGUUCUGGGUACCCUUGAAGAGGUCCGUGAUGACCGCAUUACGAAACUGGUAUCUUGGCUUCAAGCAUGGAUUCGUGGCUGGGCCAGCCGCAGAUAUUACUCCAAGAUGCAAAAGCAGCGCACUGCUCUCCUCGUUAUGCAACGCAACGUCAGAAAAUUUAAGAUCAUGCGAUCCUGGCUCUGGUAUGAGCUCUGGAUCAAGUUGAGGCCCAGGCUCAAGGCUACUCGCACUGAAGAGGAACUGGAAAAGCUAGAAUCAACCGCUGUAAAGGCUGAGGAACAGUACCAGAAAGAAGUUAACGCUCGCGAAGAACUCGAAGCCAUAAAUGCAACUCUUCUUCAGGAGAAAAACGAACUACUGAUGGCUGUUGAAUCAACCAAGGGUGGCAUGUCUGACUAUCUCGACAAACAAGCAAAACUUCAAGGCCAAAAGGCAGAGCUUGAAGCACAGCUAAAUGAUACCCUAGAGCGCCUGCAGAAGGAAGAAGGCACACGUAACCAGAUCGCCAACGGAAUGAAAAAAUGUGAACAAGAGGUUGUUAAUUUGAAGAAGGAGUUUGAAGAACUCGAACUUUCUGUUCAGAAGGGCGAGCAAGACAAGCAAACCAAAGAUCAACAACUUUCAAAUCUGAACGAAGAGAUAUCCCAUCAGGAUGAACUCAUUAACAAGGUUAACAAGGAAAAGAAACAUCUUCAGGAAUGUAAUAUAAAAACCGCUGAAGAUCUUCAAUGUGUUGAGGAUAAAUGCGACCACCUUUACAAGGUAAAGAGCAAGUUAGAAGCCAGUCUUGACGAACUCGAAGAUACACUCGAACGCGAGAAGAAGCUUCGCGCUGAAGUUGAGAAAUCGAAGAGAAAGGUUGAAGGUGACCUCAAACUGACACAAGAAGCUGUUACUGAUCUGGAACGUAACCACAAAGAACUUGGAAUGGCCUUCGAGCGUAAGGAUAAAGAGUUUGCAGCCAUCAUUGCCAAGAUCGAGGAGGAACAGGCUCUUGUGUACAAGGACCAGAGACAUGUCAAGGACCUGCAAGCCCGUAUUGAAGAGCUCGAAGAGGACGUUGAGCAUGAGCGUCAGGCCCGUGGCAAGGCCGAGAAAGCCAAAAAUGUUUUGUCUCGCGAGCUGUCAGAACUUGGAGAGCGACUGGAUGAGGCUGGCGGCGCUACCGCGGCUCAGAUCGAAAUCAAUAAGAAGCGUGAAGGUGAACUGGCCAAGGUCCGCCGCGACAUUGAGGAGUCCAACCUUCAGCAUGAAGCUGUUCUUGCCACUCUCCGCAAGAAGCACAACGACGCCGUUGCCGAGAUGUCUGAGCAAAUUGACUACCUCAAUAAGAUGAAUGCUAGGUAA